GUUUAUCAAAAUAUCGGAAUAUUUGAGUUUGGCAUCUAAGUUCCAACCCUACGGCGGCAACCUCACCUAACCCAAACCAAAACCCAAAUUUGAAUAGCCCAUCAUCCUUUGCACCAUAAAUACCCGUCUCCUCUUGGAAGCCCUACCAGAUCCGUCUUGUUGAUUCCUCUGGGCGUCGUGAAUGGUAGAAGCCUCCUCGUCCCUCGGUUUCAUGCGCUCCCUUUUGCCACCAAGGGCGCGCGCUCCUUCCUCCCUCUUCGCUUUCGCCUCCUGCAAGCAAGGCUGGUACUACCGCUGCCUCGGCCUCGACCCGUGAACGCCGCCAUCCCCACCCCUUUCUUUCUCUCUUUUCCAGAUCCCUUUUUUCCUUUCCUACCAUGUUGAUCACCAAGCACAAGAAGAGCGCCGCCGUCAGGAGGUUCCUCGUCAGCAUCACCGUGCUCGGGAGCGCCGGCCCCAUCCGCUUCGUCGUCAACGAGGACGACGUCGUCGCCGCCGUCAUCCAGACCGCCCUCAAGUGCUACGCCCGCGAGGGCCGCCUUCCUCUCCUCGGCACCCACGACGCCGGAUUCUCCCUCUACUGCCCCCAUCUUGGACCUGAUGCUUUGAGUCCGUGGGACACAAUUGGAUCACAUGGAGUUCGGAAUUUCAUGCUAUGCAAGAAGCCAGAGGCUGAAAAUGAGGCAGCUGAUGAUGGAAGUGGAACAGCUGCACUUCCACGCAGGGGAGGAAGUGGUACUUGGAAGUCUUGGUUCAACAAGUCCCUGAGCCUCAAGAUUUAUUCCCAUUGAUCAAUCAAAUUCAAUUUGUCGAGAAAUUUUGCAAUGUUUUAUUCAUUAUUAUUAUCAUGUCUUUGGUCAAUUUGAUGUGAUAUUUCACCUUGGUUAUGUUUUCUUUGCUGGUGUCUCUGCGAUAGCCAGAGGCAAGUUUGAACUCUUGCAAGAAUAAAGUAUUUGUCUUUGAUGAAAGGAAAUACAAAGAUUGAUGUUCUACUCUUUGCCAACUUUUUUUUGGCUUGUUUGAAGCCUCGUUGUCUGUGAGCUGAGAUGAAAUGUUGAAUGCAUUGAAUGGAGGACGAUUCACUUCUUGGUGUGGAAA